GGCGCCGCGUUCCAAGAUGGCGGAGGAGGCCCUGGGAAGCGGGGGGGCGAGGCGCGGUGCGGCGGCGGGGGAGCGGGACGAGGAGGGAGCUGUGGCGGAGCGGGGCCCGGGCGGGGCCUAUCACAUGUUCGUGCUGAUGGAGGACCUGCUGGACAAGCUGGAGCUGCUGAACUACGGAGAGGAGGCCCUGCGGCGCCACAAUAUGCGACCGCUCUCCAGGCACUAUUUUGCACUGCCCACUAAUCCUGGUGAGCAGUUCUUUAUGUUUUGCACACUUGCUGCUUGGCUGAUCACUAAAGCUGGACAUCCCUUCGAACAGCCACAAGAAUGUGAUGACCCCAAUGCAGUCAUCUCAAAUGUACUCUCAGAGCUGCGAUCAUUUGGAAGGCCUGUGGAUUUUCCUCCCUCAAAAUUAAAGGCUGGUAACGGAGAGCAGGUGUGCUAUGUUCUUGAUUGUUUAGCUGAAGAAGCCCUGAAAUACACUGGCCUUAGCUGGAAAAGGCCAGUAUAUCCAGCAGAAGAUCUGGAAGAAGAAGAAAUAACAGAAGAUGAUGCAGAAUUAACACUUAAUAAAGUUGAAGAGGAUGUUGCGGAAGAAGAGUCAGACAAUGAAGAAAAUUUUAUUGACCUGGAUGUUCUAAAGGCACAAACGUACAGACCGGACAUGAGUGAAACUGCAAAGCACGAAGAGAUUUUACAGUCCACAACAGAUGCAGCAGAGUGGAAUCUUGAAGUAGAACGUGUGCUGCCACAGCUGAAAGUUACAGUGAGAACUGACAAUAAGGAUUGGAGGGUUCAUGUAGAUCAAAUGCAUCAGCAUAAGGACGGAAUUGAAUCUUCUUUAAAAGAAACCAGGGGUUACCUUGACAAACUCCAUAAUGAAAUCAGCAGAACAUUGGAAAAGAUCAAUAGCAGGGAAAAGUACAUCAACAAUCAGCUGGAGCACUUGGUUCAAGAGUACCGUUCUGCUCAAGCCUUGCUGAGUGAGGCUAAAGGGAAGUACGAAGAGGGAAGUGGAGGAGUAACUGAAAGGAUAAGAGCACUUUCUGAGAUUACAGAAUUGUUGGAGAGAGUAAAGCAAGAAACGGAAGAGAAAGGAAGCAGUAUGACUGAUGGUGCUCCUCUAGUGAAGAUUAAACAGGCCUUAACAAAACUGAAGCAAGAAACCACUGAGAUGGACAUACAGAUUGGUGUAAUGGAACACACAUUACUCCAGUCAAAGCUGAAAGAGAAAUCCAAUAUGACUAGAGAUAUGCACGCAACAAUGAUUCCAGAAGCCACAAUAGGUUCCUAUUAAAAUCCUUUGGAACUGACUCGGUCUGCCCAAAAUACAGUUUUCUACCAUUUACUUUUUUGAUAGUUUGGAGGUUUCCUUUUUGCUGGGGGAGUGUUCUUUUUUCUUGUUUGUUUUUAACAACAUGCUUGUAAUGCACUUUUUAAGAAGUAAUAUGCAUACUUUGAAGUCAGUAUGGCAUCGUGUUCAGUUUUGUGCUGCAAAGAUUUCACAGAAUCACAGAAUGUUGGGGGUUGGAAGGGACCUCAAAAGAUCAUCGAGUCCAACUCCUAUUUUCUGCAGCUCCCUCCCAAAUACACUAAAAAAAUCUUACUGAUGAAUGUGUCUCUACUUCGUUGGAUAAUAUCAUGUAGUGUGAAAGUCUAGAGAAUGAUACUGACAGUCUGUAAUUAUUUUUUUAUAUAUUUUUAUUUUCACAUUGCCACUAACAGAAGCAAUGAUAACAAAAGCUAUGUAAGAUGAGAGACUAUGGGCAGUAUUGUUUGGAAAUUACUGUUGGCUUUCCAUUUUCUUUCCAUGUGUCAUCGCUGUUUCGAAGUCACUUUUAUUAGCAUUGGGCCAAAUGCUUUCAGUUGCAUUAUGUAGUAGAGCUCCAUGGACAUGUUUGAUUAUUCUUGUUUUCUGUUCUUGUGUCAGAACAGCUAAUUUUGAUCUCUUUUAAGGAAGAAUGUUGCCAAAUCUAAUUGUGUGCUAUGGAAUGAUAAGAAGAAUGUAGGAGGAAGGGUUUGGAAGAGGGAGAGUUCCCUUUGUCUCUGUAAAUAUGUAGGUAGGGAGUGAUUCUAGUCAUUUACUGGUAAUGAAGGAGUGGGGAACAAAGUACUAAUUAAAGUACAAAUACAUCCUCUUGCUUACCAUUGUUCAUAAGCCCUAUACCAUAUUGGUACAAUUCCAGUGACAUUAAAAUCCUCCCCUAACUUCUGUAGGCAUUUUCAUUCAUUUUACAGUUUCACUUAAAGGUAAGCAGUAUUUUGCAGAAUCAGUGGCUCAGCUCUGUCUGGAAGCCAAGACACUUCACACAGUCAGUACUAUAAUCCAAUUUCUUAACUUUGUGUUUCAGUAUUUCAUUUACCAUUAAAAAAAAGCCCUAAACCCAUCAGCUUUUAUUAAGUGAAAAGCUGUAUGUAAAUGUCAACUAUUAUAUUUUACCUGUGCAAGCAACUGCUGAAAAUCUCUAUGAAUCACACUGGAAGUCAGUUUCCAUCUUCUUUUGCUGCCUACCUAUGUCCUCCCACAUUCAUCUUAAAUUAGAAUAGUUAUUAUUCAUGUUCCCUUUGUUAGGUGGUGUUGCUGUUGCAUAUUUACUUUAACAGUGGGUUUACUUCGACUUAAGAUAAAGCAAUCCCCUCCUGCAUUGCCUGCAAAGCAGCUCAGAUGCUUUUGAAUUGCAAAUAUUGUGCUGUAUAAAUGCUAUUUAUGUAAAUACUUUCCAAAAAAAGCUCCUCCUUCAUGCUGGUCUAACAAAUACAAUUAGUCAAAAAUCUUCUCUUACGAAUAAAGCCUCUUAUUCUAUUAGAAAUUAAUCUGUUGAGACAAGCAUGUCCAAAAAACUAUA